GAAAUUCAAAUUUGGUUUGGUUCAACUUGUUCUUUGACCAACAUCUUCAAUUGCAGCAGCGCCUUUUCGAUUUGAACGAUGGUCACCUAUUCUUCUUUCUUUUCUUCUGGUCUUCUCGCGCCUUACCAUCCAAGAGCAACAACUCCUGCACCACCUUCCUCGCCCAUGCCAAUACCAUCCAGUCCCAUGCACCCCGUCGAUCGCGAUCUGAGCGUGACGCCCACACCCGGUGGCAACUCAAAUAAUGUUGUUGCAAUACCCACUGCGAAUGCUGACCGUCCUCGCAUGCGCAGGCGUCGCAGUAGCAUGAAUAUAGGCGCGAAUCCAAUGGCUCUUAUCAAAUCCCCGACGCGAAAUGCGGGCAGCGCGCUUCAGCGCACUGGUAUCAUGUCUCCCACCCGGAGUCGUGCAGGCAGCGUCGCAGAGAACGCUUCAGAAUCCAGCAGUCUUUUUGGAAGAUUAAGGAGUGGCAGUCUGAAUGCAGGCCCUCCACUGCGCCUGCGUCGUGCAGUCAAGCGAACCGUCCCACUCGCUCCGCCUCCUACUGCCCCUCUCCCUCCACUUCCACCACCAUCACCAUUACCAUCUGCAAAAUACACGCGUACUCUCGCGCCUCCCGCGCUCAUCAUACCUGUUCCUUGCCAACCCCUCAUGAAUUAUUUCAUAUCCGGUCCUAACACUUCCGGAUUACUCAGCCCUGAUUCUGCGAUGCACUUCUCAUCCAAUAUGUCGCCUGGUAUCUCCUCCAGCCCUGCUCAUAAGUGUUAUUUUGGAAGCACCAUCGAUGAAGAGAUGAAGGAAAGCUGAACGCGCUUCGAUAAGUGCCGCUUGUUUGGACAUUGCGCCUGGUUGCGCACUCGCUCUCGUGCAUCAAUAACCCCGUUACCUAUUUACUGUUCCAAAUUAAUUACCUGCUGCAUUUGUUACCAACAUCUCACUCAUAGCCACCCAGUUUUACAGCGUAUCUCUGUCUUCAGUUUCUGCAUAUUUCAAGCUUUGUCGUUACUACUCUUGCUGCUGGUUUUGCUCGUUCUCGACAUCACGUCCAUGUUUUGAAUGCUGCUCUAGUGUCUAUGUUAUUGUUUGAUAUCUGACGUGAAUAGACCACCGUGUUUCAGUCAUACCCA